AUGCGACAUUUCCCUGAUGCUUAUUUGUCUAAAGGAUGUGAUCCUAACAGUUCUUUAAAUAGUGAAGCCCACGAGAUACUACGCCCAAGUGUUCUUCCGUUCACUGAAGCAAAACCUGACGACUGGCUAAAAUAUGUGACGCACAAAGUAGAAUUAUUUGACUGUCAAAAUUCUUUUGUUUCAUAUAUCAAGGAUGAAUCUGGUAUGAAAACUGUUAGCUGCGAAGCGCAUGCGUAUAAAGAAUCACUCGCUGGACAACUGAGAAAACGCUAUCACAAUAGCCAUGGAAGUAACUGA